GGAGAAUGGGUGCCCUAAAAUUCUAUGGGCAGGUUCGAGUGAUUUCUAUCAAGUGUUUUUUUUUUCCCGGCCCCUAUCCAAACUAUCCCCUACUCUCCAAACUACUCUAACGCGGAUUGGGACGCCAUAGUUGUUAUCCGAUCAUUGGCUUGGGGCAAUAGGCACUGCAAUAAGCACCGGAGGUUGGGAUGGUCAUGGCAGCUUAUCCCACCCACUGCCUUCCCUGCCUCCCGCAGCAAUAAUAUUUGUUGGGGCCGCUUCCCAAUAACUAUUCCCUCCCACCCGGAGGUAGCUGCUGGGGAGGGGGAGAUAGAUCCAUCUCGGCUCGAUUGACGGAUCCAGCAAUGGAUGCAUGAUUGGCUCAAAUGCCUCCCUCGAUUCUCCGCUGCCCCGUUCAGUCGGUCGUUAAUGGUGGCAGUGGGUAGCAGCCUGCUUCAUUCUCUCCCCCUGGCUACGAUUCCCUGAAACCAGGAGCUUGGGUUUGGAUUCAAUGCUGAACCGAUGGGAUUCGUUGCUCGCCAUCUCUCCAUGCUUCCUGGACCCAGCACCAAGCCUUCAAGACCAGGCACCCGACCCCCCGCGUACACCAAUCACUGUCCCCACCGGCUUGCUGCUUCGAUGAUGGAUGCGAUGUCGAUCAAGGAGGAGCCCGACUCACAGCCUAUAGAUAGCCGGCUACGAUCCCCGAUUCUAGGUGGGACUAGAUCCUUUGCUGAACCAACGGGAUGAGCCGCAUGCCAUUAGUUACUGGGAUCGGGCUCAGAUCAAUAAUGCAAGGGGUACGGAUGAGAGGGAUCAUACCCGUAUCGAUAGCAGCCAGCUGGGGGCUACGAAUGCCCAUCUCCUCUCUACAUUGAGGAGGUGGGAUUAUUAACAAACAACUGAAUCGCAACUUAACCACCCGGCUGCCUAUAUUCUGCCGGAACUUCUAUUUAUCGGGCUGCAACUAUAGUUGCCGUUUAGUUGCCGUUUAGUUGAGUUGGGUGGGUGGAAAGUCAAGGGGAUGGGUGGGGGGUUCUAUUGCCUCCCACCCACCCCGGGCAAUGCGAUCUCAUUUGGUUGGUUCGGGACCGGUGGGUCCACCACUGUAGGUGCUGCUGAUGCCCCCGCCCCCGUUUCUCAUGGAGUAUCGCUACCACGGGAUAUGAGCCAUGAAUGGUCGAAUGGAGUCCCUUGCCGACCGGAGGGGAUAAGGGGCGAUAGAUCCAUCUGUGAGUGGUCGAUCUGGGCCCAUUCCAUUCUGUUGAGUGAGUGAAUCUCCUGGUGGACCACCCAAGCCAUUCUGUCCACCGGGGUGGGUGGGAGGCCAUAGUUGCCCCCUCUUUUCUAUUAGAAUAGUAGGGCGGAUAAAGAGUUCUAUACGUAACAUGCCAGAAGAAGGGCCCCCGGCUAGGGCUAGACUAGAUUCUAUAGUCUAUACGUCACAUGCCAACAGUAAUAGAAACCUCCCGGGGGGGCCACCCACCCUCCCCACUAUAGGCGGCGUUAAAGGUAGGUAGGCUUGGGCAUUCAUGUUACGUAUAGAAUCAUCUCCUCCCACCCACCCAUGUUACGUAGCCGAAGGGUGGGGGGGCCCCGGGGAAUUCGAAGCUCCAAUAGGCGCCCGAUGCCGUUUCUGAAGAACUCCCCAUAGAAUUGUAGGGCGAGGAUUCGAACAACAACUCACUCUAUUAGUAGUCGUCGGAUAAUAUUCUCGUGAGAAUGGAAUGCACGCAUUAAUCAUCUCUAGUCUAGACUGGAGGUUCAAUCGGUGGUGGUAGGGAGGAUAACCACCGGAUGGGUAGAGGGGUUAUGCCGGUUGAACUAGAUUAUUUAUGUAUGGAAAGCCUCUAAUUUGCCCGCCGCCCGACAGAGAGUUUGGGAGUUGCUCGAACAGGCCCCACCCCUGUUUAGCUCGCUAUGCCAUGGUGAACAAGAGCCCUACCGGCCUUACCACUAUAAAGGUAGGGGUAGGGUUAAAAGGUGGGAGGGAGAUUAGCCUAAGAGGUAGAUGCCGCCCUACUAUUCUGACGGGGCGCUUCAAUCUAUAGCCUCCAGCCGUUCCCACCCCACCUUUUUCGGGCCCUUAGAAUAGUAGGGCGGGAACAGAUAGUUGACUUGCCGUUGCCCGUGAAGCCCAGGUACGCACUCUUCUGAUAAGAAAUCGAGGGCAACUCAACUAUAAUAGGCCGAUCCCUAUCGACCGAUAGGGAGAGAGAUCGGUCCUCAAUCCCGAUGAUAUCGCGUAUGUAGAUAUCAUUAGGGGAGAUAGCCCCCACUGGUGCGCUCGACCGCUCUUUAAGCUAUGACGGAAGGCCCUACCUAAUAUCUUGUUGCUCUUUAAGCUAUGACGAACGGCCCCCUAGAAGAGGAGGAGAUAAAAGUAUUUAUUACGCUAAACAGCCCACUCGAGCAAUUCGCCAUUAUCCCAUCGAUUCCUGUGAAGAUAGGGAACUCGUAUUCCCCAUUCACAAAUUCCCCUUUGUUCAUGUUGCUAACUACCGGUUUAGUCCCGCUCUCGGUUCAUUCCGCCACUAAGAACGGAGGAAACCUAGUACCAAAUGCUUGGCAAUCAUUGGUAGAGCUUAUUCAUGAUUUCGUGCUGAACCCGGUGAACGAACAAAUAGGCGGUCUUUCUGAAAAUGUGAAGCAAAAGUCUUUCCCCUGCAUCCCGGUCACUUUCACGUUUUUGUCAUUCCGUAAUCCCCAAGGUAUGAUACCAUAUAGCUUCACAGUGACAAGUCAUUUCAUCAUUACUUCGGGUCUCUCUUUUUCGCCCUUUAUUGGAAUUACUCUAGUGGGAUCUCAAAGAAAUGGGCUUCAUCUCUUCAGCUUCUUCUUACCCGCGGGAGUACCACUGCCGUUAGCACCUUUCUCAGUACUCCCUGAGCUAAUCCCUUAUCGUUUCCGCGCAUUAAGCUCAGGAAUACGUUUAUUCGCUAAUAUGAUGGCUGGUCAUAGUUUAGUAAAGAUCUCAAGUGGGUUCGCUCGGACUAUGCUGUGUCUGAAUAACAUAAUGUAUUUCUCAGGAGGUCUUGGUCCUCUAUCAAUCGUUUUCGCACUGACCGGUCCGGAAUUAGGUGUGGCUAUAUCACAAGCUUAUGUCUUUACAAUCUCAAUUUGUAUUCACCCGAAUGACGCUAUAAAUCUUCAUCAACUCCAAUUCAGUAUAGUAAUGGGCCUCGAGCUCCUUUCUUUCUAGAAUAUAGAAUUGCCCUGCAUAGGAACUACCAUAGAAUAGUAGGGGCCCCAUGAACACCCCCCUCGCGAAUAGUAGGGGUGGGUGGGAGGACAUGCCGGGGCAAGCUGAUGCCGUACUCUAGCAAGCUGAUCCCUUCCCCUUCCCUUUAGAUAGUAGGGGGGUAGGGGUAGGGUCCAUAGCCCCUCGACAUUUUCUGGUAGGGCUUGACUGCCCCCUACUAUUCUAAAGGGCCCCCUAUCAAUUCUCUGGGGCGCAUUAAUUUACCCAUCAAAUUUGAGGGCCUGGGAGCCCGCUAGAAUGACGCUAGAAUAAGGGUGGGUGGGAGGAGGCUAUGGACUGCUCGCCCUACAAUUCUAUGGAGUGGGAGGGCCCCUCGACAUUCUAUGGUAGGGUGGGGGGCCCCUACUAUUCGCGAGGGGCCUAAGAGGUAGAUUAGUUGUUAUUGUGGGGGGGUUCUAUUGCCUAUCUGUAGAGUUUCUCUAUAAUUGAGCAAAAGCGAUUGCCCCUA